UGCACAUCCUGGCCCGGGAUUUUGGGCCCACUGCAGACCCUGCUGGAGGGCCGGGUAGACACGUCUCAACAACUGCUUUGAUCGUGCCUACGUUUGAUGUCACUCUGAAAAAUUUUCCGUUUACCCCUUCUGUUCCAUCCACCUGUCUACGUAUAUAUGUAUUGGUCCCAUUCGUUUUGACCACCCACUCCUCCCAACCGCCUGUUUGUUUUCCUGCAACCUGCAACCGCGGUGCCCAUCUCCGUACAUCUGUUUGUGCAUAGCAUUUGAUCUUUCUCAAAGGUAGCGAAGGAAGAAGUGAUUCAAGAGAUCCCUCCCGUGCCUUGCCGACCAGUUGUUUCAUCUGCUACCCUACAAAGACUAGGUACACACACAUACACACACACACACACACCCAGGGCCAUACAUUACACUGUGAAAUGCUCAGAAAACAGCUCAAGCCGGUGUACCAGAAGUACGGGCCGUUUAACCUGUACUUCACAGCGUUCCUACUUUCUGUCACAGCAUGUCUCUCCCUAGGAAUCCUCACACUUUUUUCUAUCUUUGCGGAACCGAUGCAAAAAAUACUAAACUACUCCCAGUCGACCAUCAAUACCACCAUUAUUUUCCAAGUUUUAGGCUUGAACCUUUUUACCCCCUUGAGUGGCUACAUAGCGGAUGCAAAGGGAAUCUGGAUUUUAUCCUUGAUUUCCUUCUGUGGCUACUUUAUUGCUUUCAACUUGAUCAUUCUUGUGGUACGAAAUAAUUUGGACAAGCACUACAUCUAUUUGAGCUUCUUCAUAUUGGGGUGCUCUCACAUCUCGUUUCUAUUCAGCUGUUUGUUGAAUUCUGCCAAAUCCCUAGGCAGAUACUACAGAACACUAUCAAUAAGUACCCCUAAUAUGAUGGUCUCCUUUUCCUCCUACAUACAGAUACAGAUUAUUGCCACCUAUUUCGUACCAAAAAAUGAUGAUUUGCAGUCCAGAUCAGACAAUUUUGUCAGCAUUCUUUAUUUUUUUCUCAUUUUGUUGAUGCUCAGCACUAUUCUUUCAUUUGUUGGAUGCAAAUUGACCGAUUGGACCGAAUAUUAUGAAUUUGACUAUGAGGAAACCGCUACUACAGUUUACGAAGAUUUCCUGAGUUUCGAAACCUCUCCCCUGUUGCGAGGUGCGGCAACAGUUUUGCGUAGCCCCCAAACUUCGAUAAUUGGGUCACCUAGAUCUUGGUAUGUGGACGAGGACUCCUCUGUCGUGAACCUGGAUGAUGAGUUAUCGAUGUUGUCAUCAUCAACUCAUCUCAAUACUAAUAACAACACCAACACCAACCCAAACCAUUCUCCAUAUAGACACAAGGUUAAUGGAUUUCUUUAUGAUCCGUUGAUGUAUCCGUUGAUGUUUUGCUGUUUGACGUCGAUAGGUUCAACGGAGUUCUUUAUUGCAAAUUUGAAUGCCAUUUUGGGGAAUCUUAAUUUGGCGAAAAAGUUGGAUGAUAAUUUACAGCUUCUCUCGAUCUCUUCCACGAUUACAAGGUUCAUAAUCAUGCUUUUUACAGAUUGGUUCUGUACAGCAUUCAAGGUAUCACGUAUCACAAUAUUCACCGUGUGUGUCAUAGCAUGUGGCUUAUCGCAUAUCUACAUAUCGAGUGCCCCGGUUGCAUCAAUGAACUUUCCUCUUGUCGUCAUUCUCAACUCGAUCUUGAACUCUUCUGUCUUUACACUAUUCCCUGCUAUUUUAGCAAGUAUUUAUGGAAUUGAAAUUUUGGGGACAACAUGGGGCGUUUGUUCGAGCUCCAGUAUUUUUGGAAACAUGUUUUUGAACAUGAUGUACUCUUACGAUUUCAGUUCCAAUUGUGUUGGAAGUAUGUCAAAAGGGUUGGCAAUUUGCUCAACAUUGACCUUUUUCACCAGUGGUACUAUGCUGGUGUUUUUCGGUUUGGUCGUAUUUUGGCUAAGAAAGCGAUAUUUGAGCAGAGUGAAUACUUUUUUCUAGAGUAAUAGAUUUAUAAAUAAGAUGUAAUGAUUUAACUAGUAUAUUCAAUGAUUAUGAG